GCUAAAAUGCACCUAGUUUAGUGCUGACAACUUCAGUACGGGCCUUCUUAUUCGCGGAUAUUAAUGCUCAUUGAAAGCCUCGUGUGAUCCAGCCCCCACGUGCAAUAUAUUGUGUAGAAAAGUACUGAAGACUCAAUGAGAUACAAAUUGACCCACGACGAUCAUAUACCUAUCCAAGCACUUCGGGGCGAAGCGAUGCUACCAUGCCAACUCAUCCUUCCGCAGCAACUUGUCCGAUCCUGAUCGUCGGUUAAAAGGUUUCGGAGAAGAAUGGUUGCGCUUCUUGGCAUUCAUUGAAACUUUCUUGAUUUGCUUGUUAUUUGCUUGUUACUUGUCGGUUGGUUGGUUUUAUUUAAUUUAUUGAUUUGGCUUUUUUUACCCAGCAUGUUUUUCUAGGUAAGCCGUCAAUUACACCAUAGACAUUGAAAUGGGAAAGCCAUUCGAAUUUCAUACUUCACUGGUACUGCAGCAAUGGAGUCUGUUGAAUGAAUUGCUGCGCGGUGCCGCCGGGGAUUUGGUCCUCAAUGGCAGCGGACUAGAUAUUCCUCAUGUGGUUUACAUUGCCAGAUAUGCAGGCAAUGUGAGCAUAAACCCUGCUGCCUACGAAUCAAUUAACCAGAGCCAUGCUGCCAUUGCCAAGAGCCUUUCCCAAGGGAAUGUCAUCUACGGAGUGAAUACUGGAUUCGGAGGCUCAGCAGAUAUACGCGCAAACGACGUCCUAGCACUGCAGCGCGUCUUAACCCGCGAACUAAGCUAUGGCCUAUUACCCCCAGGGGCGCGUGAUCCUCGCCCUUCAUCUGAUCGCCAGAAGUCCGCAUAUCAGGCGUUCGAUCUGAGUCUCGAACAUGCAGCCGAGUCUCAGCAUCUGCCACUUCCUUGGGUGCGGGCUGCAGUCUUACUGCGUCUAAACUCGCUGGUCAAAGGCCACUCGGGUGUCCGGCCCGUCAUCGUAGAUCGCUUACGGGAUCUUCUUUCCAAGAAUAUCAUCCCCAUGGUUCCGAUGCGGGGGAGUAUCUCUGCGUCGGGAGAUUUGAGUCCUAUCGCAUAUAUUAGCGGUGUACUUCAGGGCAAGCCAACAAUCCGAGUUUUCCGUCCAGGCAAUGGACGCGAUGUAUACGCCGACGAGGCUCUUGCGGAGGCCGGUGUGGAACCGAUAUCCCUGACAGCCAAAGAGGGUCUCGCGAUCGUCAACGGAACGGCCAUGUCGGCGGCAUGCGCCACGCUCGUGCUACAUGAUACACACCAGCUGGCCAUGUUGGGACAAAUUCUGACGGCGAUGACGGUGGAAGCACUGCUAGGCUCGCCGGAGAGCUUCGACCCCUUCUUCGCGGACGUGCGUCCGCAUCCAGGACAGAUCGAGAGCUCACGGAACAUCCGGGUGUUCCUGCGUGGGUCUCGACUCGCGCAGCAGAAAGACGGCAAGGAUGGGUCGCUCCGCCAGGAUCGAUAUUCAAUCCGCACCGCGGCGCAGUGGAUCGGGCCCGUGCUCGAAGAUCUGCUACUAGCUCACCAGCAAAUCAGCAUCGAGUGCAACUCGGCCACCGAUAACCCGCUCGUCAACGGCGACGGACAGUUCCUGCAUGGCGGCAACUUCCAGGCCAAGGCCGUCACCUCGUCCAUGGAGAAGAGUCGUCAGGCUGUACAGGCUAUUGGCCGCAUGCUCUUCACCCAGUGUCAGGAGAUGAUCAACCCCGCCACCAGCUGGGGUCUGCCGCCGAACCUGGUUGCAGAUGAACCCAGCCAGUCCGGCAUCUUCAAGGCCAUUGACAUUUACAUCUCGGCCUUGACCUCCGAGCUUGGGUUCCUGGCGGGCCCCGUUAACCAUGUCUACAAUGCCGAGCUGGGCAACCAGUCGUUGAACUCGCUGGCUCUGAUCUCCGGUCGAUACACUGCGACGGCCGUGGGUGUGCUUACGGAGCUCGUCGCAGCGCAUCUGCUUUCCGCGUGUCAGGCGCUGGAUCUCCGUGCCAUGCAGUUGCAAUUCUUAGACGGAGUCAAGCCUGAGUUCUUCACCCGCACUGCCUCAAUCGCGAACAAGCAGGGCCUAAACACAGAGGCUAGUAAGAACCUCCCAAGCACACUAUGGGCCCAUCUCCAAAAAGGACUAGAACAGACCGUCUCAAUGGACAGUGUAGAUCGGUUCCCUCACAUAGCCAAGACUAUGCGUGUCCCUAUUCUGGAUUGUGUGCCGUCUCAAAAUGCCAACAUUGAAGAUAUGCACUCGUUCAUUGACCAGCUCGGUCCCUGGCUCCACGAAGCAUGGUGUGCCAACCGGGACGCCUACCUGGUCCAUGGCGAUGCCAGCCCCAUGCUGGGAGACGGCUCGAAGAAGAUGUAUCGCUUCGUGCGGACAACUCUUGGGGUGCCGAUGUUGUGUACGAGGAGGAUCUUGACGCCCACUGCGGAGGCGAUGGCUACCGGACGGGUGGAGGAGGCGCCCACGGUGGGCGGAUACACAAGUCUCAUUUAUCGGGCAAUUCAGCGAGGUGAAUUCUUGCCGGUCAUCCAGGAGCUGCUGGAGGAGUGUUUGACGAAGGAGGAGCUGGAGCGGUAGUUUCGUUGUCUAUAUUCUGUUGAAUGAGCGCUGUAUUGUCGUAGAAUAUACGCUAAAUCGAACAACAUAGAUACCAUUUUCCUAUCAAUUAGAGAGUCGCGAGUCUUAUACCGAGUCUUAUCAUCAUAAUUUU